UCAACAGCAGGCAGACAGGUGAGGCUGACCUGACAAGUUCUAGAGGCCAGGGGCAAUGGGGCGGAGCAUGGCUCUGACUUAGGGUGGCAACAGGUUGGGGGCCCUGGCACAUUCAGGGCCGGUAGGCAGGCAGACGGUGGUUCUACUGGUGUCUCUCUUACUGCAGCCAACCCUAUGCAGGCCAUGGAGCCUGCGGGAGGGUGAGGACAGCCAGGUGGGCAGGCAUGUUUGGAAGCCUAGGGCCGGGGGACUUGGGAGCCCAGGGCAUGGCAGGACCCCUGAGGGGCCGGGUGGAGGAGCUAAAGAGGCCAUGGUGGCGGGAGGCCUCACCAUUGGUACUCCAGCACAGUGAGGCUGCUAGGCUGGCAGCUGAUGCCCUCCUGGAGCGGGGCAAAGCUGCCUACUUGCAGGUCAUCUCUGAGGAGCAGGAGCUGCCCUUCCUGAGUGCUCUGGAUGUGGACUACAUGACCAGCCAUGUGCAUGGGAGCCCUGAGCUCAAUGAGGCCCAGGGAUUGGAUGCCUCAGGGCCUGACCGCCUCAGCCUGCUCUCUGAAGUCACUUCAGGCACUUACUUUCCCAUGGCCUCCGACAUAGAGCCCCCAGACCUGGACUUGGGCUGGCCUGAGGUUCCACAGGCCACGGGCUUCAGCCCCACCCAGGCUGUUGUCCACUUCCAGCGGGACAAGGCCAAGAACAUCAAGGACCUUCUGCGUUUUCUCUUCAGCCAGGCCCGCACGGUGGUAGCUGUGGUGAUGGAUGUAUUCACUGACAUGGAGCUUCUGUGUGACCUCAUGGAGGCCUCGAGCCGGCGUGGUGUCCCCGUCUACCUGCUUCUGGCUCAGGAGCACCUAAGGCACUUCCUGGAGAUGUGCUACAAGAUGGACCUCAAUGGGGGACACUUGCCGAAUAUGCGUGUGCGGAGCACGUGUGGGGACACGUACUGCAGCAAGGCAGGCCGCCGCUUCACAGGGCAAGCCCUGGAGAAGUUUGUUGUCAUCGACUGCGAGCAGGUGGUGGCAGGCAACUACAGCUUCACCUGGCUUUGCAGCCAGGCCCACACUAGCAUGGUGCUGCAGCUAAGGGGCCGCAUCGUGGAAGACUUUGACCGGGAGUUCCGCUGUCUGUAUGCCGAGUCUCGGCCUGUGGAGGGCUUCUGUGGUGGUGAGGAUCUUGUAUCUCCUAGGGUACUGUGUCCUCCUCCAGUGGCCUUGGGAUUUGGGCCCAGUGUGCCAAGCCCCCCCUCAUCCUCACCCUCCAGCAUCAGCCUCAGCAGCAUCAAACGCUCACCUCUAAUGGGCCACUCUUCUUAUCUCGCUCCACCAGGUGGUAGUGGCCUCAGUGAUACGGGUAGGGGGUCCUCAUCCCUGAACCCUGCCCGCCUUGAGGCCAGUGGCCAGACCUCUCUGCAACGCCAGCUGUCAGACCCGAAGCAUGCCUCCCUACUGGGGCCCUACAGGUCCAAUCUAGGCAAGCUGGGGGCAUCCCCAUGGUCACAGUCCUCUCCUGCUCUCAACCACAAUGGUCACAGCCCCUUGACCCUAGCAGUGGGGUCACCUCUGCUUGCUCGCCAACGCCCUCUCCUCCCCUUCCCCCAGGGUGUUGCCACCCUGUCCCGGGUCCCAGAGAAUGGGCUCCUGGGAAGCCAGGAGUCUAACCCGCAACGAGGUCGCUGGGUACCUAGCACAACCCUGGAGACAGUGCAGGAGAAGAAGGUGUCUCUGAGUCAGAGCCAUAGCCAAUUGGAUCUCCUUGUCCCUUUCCCCAGAGCCAGAGAAGCUGGAGACCCUGAUUCUGGGGUUAACCCCAACUCAGACUCCCUCUGGCCUAGAGAGCAGGCCCCAGAGGACAGGAGGUUGUCCCCAAACCAGAGACACAACCAGCUGGAUCUCCUGCCCCAGUCCCAGGGUGCUGGGAGUAUCCCUGAGUCAGGUUCCCCCAGACCUGGCAAUCAAACUCCAGAGGAUAAGAGGCUGUCCUCAAAUCACGGUCAUGGCCAAAUGGACCUCCUGGUACAGUACCCCAAGGCUGGGGGUUCCAGAGCAUCCCCUGGAGCCAACUCCUCAGCUAGGGCUGGCAAGCAGGGUCAAGAUGAGCAACGACGGACCCUGGGCCACAGCCAGCUGGACCUCAUCACAAAGUUUGGCCCAUUCCGAGGUGAGGGGCCUGGGCCCAGUGGUCUCCCCAUACCAAGUCCUGCUCGAAAGGCUGGAGUAGGCUCUGGGGAUGAGAAGCGGCUGACCUUGGGCCACAGCAAGCUGGACCUCAUCACCAAGUAUCAUCAGUUGCAGGGCACUAGGCAAAGACCUGAGCCUGGCCUCCCUGAGGGCCCCACAGGUGGACAUCACAAUGGCAGUAACAAUGGCCCAUUUGGGGAUGAGAAGCGGCUGACCCUGGGCCACAGCAAACUGGACCUCAUCACUAAGUACAACAAAUCCAAGUUCAAGCUGCUCCGAAGCCGCUUUGAGUCCUAGUCCUGCUCCCAGCAGGGACAUAUCCUUCUUCCAUCUACUUGGACUCUAGGUUUACUGAGGUUCCAGACUCUAGGGUGUUCAAACAGGGGCUGCAUAGGGAGCAUUUAGUGUCUAGAAGCCCAUAUUAGACAUUCAUGGGGCUCAGGAGUCUUGCUUAUGAACACACCUGCACACACACACACACACACACACACACAGAUGGAACCCACAGUAUUUGCCAUUUGCCAAUGUGCUGGGCACUUCACACUGGCUGAUUCUCAUCCUUCAUCCUCACAACAUCUUACAAGAUAGACCUCUAUUAGGUAGACAUUUCUAAGGUCACAGGUAUUAUAUUUUCUAUUUUAUAAAUGUGGAAGCUGAGGCCCAGAGAGUUUGAUGACUUGCUUGGGAUCAAAUCCAAGUCAAUGGCAGAGCCAGGGCCCAAACCCAUGUCUUUGACUCUUAAGAUUGUGUUUUUGCACACCAUUAUCAACAGUUCACAUGUCCCCAUGUACACAAAAUACACCACAGAGAUGCCCCAAAUGCCUACACAAUACACUGACAGGGUUCACACUCACAGACACACACUAAGUACACAAAAGUCCGUGUGAUAAACCCAAACACUCAGAAUUCUAGUUAUACUCAAUAAAUGUUAUAUGACUAAAUGAAUGGCUACACAACAUAUAUGCAUUCAGUGCACACUGUAGACCCCUCAGGAUACGCAAACAAUAAAUAUGUAUAUAACCACACACAUACACACAGAGGCAUGCACACACCAACCAGUGUCUUCUUUGAUGUUAGCUGUGUACCUGGCCCUGUACUGAGCACACCACAGGACUGAUAAGUGAAUCAGGCGCAGUCCCUGGGAGACAAGGAUUAAAAGCAUAAACCAUUGGCAGUCAAGAUAGAACUGUAUCUAAAUAGAGGCUAAUAGCGACAGGGUGGUAGAGAAGGGCAGAGAGUGGUGGUGGUGGUGGAGUGGUGAGCAGUUUCAAAGUGGUGAGCAGCUUUUGAGGCAGGCCUUGAAGGAUGGGGAGGAUUGGACAGAUGGAGAAGAGGAAUUCCUGGCAUAUGGAAGCAGAUGAAAAGAGGCCAGGGAGAGGACUGGAGGAGGGGAUCUGAGAUGAACUGGGGAUGAUGUAGAGCGCAUGGAUACUCAGACUCUGACACGUGCACAUGCAUGCGUGCACACGCACACACACUCAUCAUCAUUUUGCUGAGUGUCCCUAGAAGCACAGGCUCUGACAGGUUGUAUGUUCUUUUCCUGAGCUCAUCACCUGCCUGGGACAAUCUACACGGUACAAAUCAAUAAAGGCAGACAUGCUGUGACCUA